UGAAAGAGUUGUACGUGAAACUCUAGUGUCUUUCUAGCAAAAGUGAGAGUGAUUCUCUUGUGUUGUCUCUAGCAAAGCUAUUCGACUCAGACUCGACUCGACUUGAACACUCGGUGACGAAAUUCUCAACCGUUCCAAAAAUGUCGUUGGAGGAGAGGAAGAUUCGAGAAGAGCUAGAGAGAGAAGUGGAAAAUGAUUUGGAGAGAGAAAUUAAAGAGGGGAUACAUGACUUAGCCAUGAAAUUGCACAAUUUGCACCUACACCGAAGUCAUAAACAAUCAUCCAAUCAACAAAACAAAAAAUUAACAAAGAAAACAAGAAAAGGAUUAGUGACUGAGGUGAACAUUAAAAUAAAAAUGGAGGGAGGAAUCACAAUUGAGAUUAAAGAAAGCAAGAAAGAAGAUUGUGGGAUUAAUCCUAAUUAUUGCACUAAUCCUAAACAAAUACCUCGUAGAGUCAAGUUCGAUUGGACACAAAGUCUUCGAUCAGGUUCCCAAAAAUAUAGCCAUGAAUCGAAAAUUGAGGGUAAGACUGCAAUGUUGGAGCUUGGUUGGAAAUAUUAAUUUGAGUUGAGUUAGUUAAUUUAAGUAAAUUUAUGAUUGUGUUUAUAUAUGUGUGUGAUAGUUAAAUUAUUGUUGUGAGAGGUGUGUAAUAUAUUAGGACUUGGUUUAUUGGUUUUGUGAAAUGGAGAUGGUUCGUUUGUCCCUUAUAAAAGUCUCAAUCGGUUUCGGUA